GGUGCUCCAAUUAGUUAAAUAUUUCCUGAAAUCCGACAUUUUAUUGGACUGCAUGAGACUGUUCAGUUGAAAUUAAACGAAAUAUUUUUGUAACAUUUCAACAUGAUCUUUAGACAUUCAAUACAAAUUCUUUGUUGGAUAUUAAUAGUAAAUUCCACUGUUAAGAAUGUUCGUGCCAUCUCUUUUGAUGAUAUUUUUGACUAUUUUCUGGAUGCAUUAAGUGAGAGCGAUGAGUCGGAUGAACUUGAUAAUAGCACUAUAACCGUACCAUGUAUAAACUGCAAUUUAUCCGUUGUGUGUCACAAUUGCACAACCAGUAACAGAGACACUGAAUCAACGAUACCAAUACAGAUGUCAACUCAAAGUAAUAAACAAGUUACGCCUUCAUCACCGCUACCAACGCCAACCAUUCCAGCACCAGAUCGAAUACCAUCACCUGAAGUCGAUGCAAUCACAACACAGAGCACAUCGACUACAAUUGCGGCGCCACCAACGAGUACAGUAACUACGAAAAGUAUGUCAGAAGAUGUGGCUGCUCAAGCAGCUGACACAAGCGCUGAUGAUAAGGAACAGGUUCCUGAUGAUGGAACAAAUGAAACAACUAGCACAGACUCGAAUAAUAGUGAUGGUGUUACGGACGAAGUUGUAACGGCUCCGGAAUGAAUAUAUAUCGUUUUAGUUAGAUGGUGGUUGGGUCUAGUAAAAAUUUAGUUCUAACGUUCAAUUUUUAUAACGAUUUAUAAUUAACAAUGCCCUUUACAGUAAAACAGUUUGUAGCUGA